AUGUCGAGCGGAUUCGACCGCCUGGAGAGGCUGUUCAGCUCCAAACGCAAGGCUUCGUUGGCUUCUCUUACGGUUGCUGAUUCUGGUAGCCCCCCAGCAGAGCCUCAGUUCCCUUCUCCUUCUUUCAUUCGCCCGACAGCCACUCGCAUGACAGCCCGAGAAGAAGUGAGCUUGCGACUUGCGACUAGCCGCUCUCCCUCUGUGCCGGACAUUGUUCCUUCUCGCCUGGGCUCACUGAGGUCUCAUUCUUCAAGUUCGGCCUUCAGUCGCUCACCUAUUCCAUCACCCUUUCUCCGUGACGCUCAGCCAGACUCUUUAGUGGCAAAGCUUCACGAGUACCAAUUUCCUAGCCCACCGAACCGAGAUUUGAGAGUACCUACCAUCACUACGGCUUUCAAUACAGUGACCACGGAUAAGUCUGAGAUUCCGAGCCCUCGUUCCCAAUCUCCGCUUCGCCUACAGAUUGCGCCUCGCGUCGACACUCCUCCAUCGCCUGGCUCGGCAGAUAAUGGAUCUUGCCGCCGCCAUUCUGAUCAGAGUAUUAGAGUUCCAUCACUUAUAUACAAUACCCCACCAACUCCAGAAGAUUCGCCCGAGAUGGUACCUGUGCGAAACCUUUUGGCCGAUUCUAAAAUAUUUGACAUUGCCAUCGAUAAAACGAUAUUUGAUGCAUUUGAGGACCAGAUCCUCCAGUCGUUUGACCACGCACCAUUGAAUGAUUCAUAUAGCGACUCGUCCCCCUCUGAAGCUUCUUCAGGCAGUUCCACCUUGAGAGAGCCCGAUUUCAAUGACUUUUUGAAUCUCAGCGACGACGACAUUGCCGAAUCGGCGCCUGAGACCCCUACUCCAGAAUCUGAAGAUGUAUCUGAAAAUGCAUUGGUACACUCUCCGACCUCUAUGGGAACUUUUAUUCCUCCAUUUAAGCCCACUGGCCCUUUCGAUUUGAUACUGACGCCUCCCCGCGCAAGUCGGCUUGCUACCGCCGCUGCUUUUGAAGCUGCCAGAAUUGCAAAGAAGCAUAAUUUCGACCUGGUAUAUGUUGUGAACAUUUGGCCAAGCGUGUUUCGUGGUCGAUCUUUCGACACUCAGUCUCCAAUCUCAUGUAAGACGCCCUCGUUCGGUCGGCUCUUGGCGGCUCAUGGGUUACACCAGAUGGCUGAGCCACUGCAACUAUCUGAAUUCAUGUAUAACAAGGUAUUGCGAGCUCAAGGAUGGAUCGAAUAUCGCAAUACGGAAGCACUACCGAAUGAGCACGCCCGAGGUUACGCAUGUUCCUUCUAUACCGGAAAGGAUUCUCAACGCCGCUUAAGUGAGGGCAAUAGUCCAGUUUCAGAUAUCCAAGUUAACCGAGGUAUCAUUUUUGCUGCCUAUAGAAGGCCCAGAAUUGGCGACUGCAAAUUGGGACGCAGCUUUACUGGAGCAGAGCUUAGCUCUCUGUAUGAAGAUGCCGAGACUUUGGUGGAGAUGUUGGUCGAUAUCCAUGCAAGCAACCGUCGAUGUCACCCGGCUUCCCACCACCACCGGCUCUGUGACGAGACUGGUCCUAUGCCCAUGCAGGAUAUUAACCUGCUGUCUUCAUAA